AUGUGUUCGAGGAAUCUACAGAAAAGAAGCAUCAGCAACCAAACCUUUAAGGAACUACUGGCCAGUCUCAUGGAUGAGGUGGACGGGGAAGUGCUAAUAGAAAUGGCUGUGGUGGUAUGGAGAUUGUGGAAAAGAAGGAACGAGUGGAUCUUCCAAGAAAUUUUCACCAACCCCACAUCCAUUUUAAAGCAAGUUAACCAGAAGUUGCAGGAACUCAAAGUGCUGUACAAUAACCCUUCAAACACCUCGGAAAGACAGGAAGGCAGAGAAGGCAUAGUUGAGUUCUGGAAGCCCCCCCCAAACAACUUCUAUAAAAUUAAUUGGGAUGCUGCAGUAGACCACAAGAAAUGCAGAGUGGGAGUUGGAGUUAUCGUCCGAAACUGGGAGGGCCAAGUAAUGGGCACAAUGAGAACAAACAAUUCCCUCUUCCCUGAUCCACACCUAGCUGAAGCGUACGGAGCCCUCCAGGCAGUGUCGCUGGGUACUGAAUUAGGUCUGAGAAAGAUAAUCCUUGAAGGGGAUGCUCUUAACGUGGUCAAGGAGAUUAAUGGUGAGCUGGAAAAUUGA